AUGUUUCUGCAACGCUCUGCCGUGGCCGUCGCCCGACGGGCCGCCGUCGCACCAGCUCUGCGACGCACCUUUGCGACCUCGAUGAUCCGCCAAAACGCCCACAACACUCCUGCCAAGUCUGAGAAGCCCGCGCAGUCGCUGUCUGACAUCAAGACCAUCGACGACCUCGUCGGACCCGGUGCCCAGCCCGGUACCGUCCCCACCGACCUGGAGCAGUCCACUGGUGUCGAGCGUCUGGAGAUCCUGGGAAAGAUGGAGGGUGUUGACAUCUUCGACAUGAAGCCCCUGGAUGCCUCGCGGAAGGGAACCCUGAAGGAGCCAAUCCUGGUCCGCUCCGCCGGCGAAGAGCAGUACGCUGGUUGCACCGGCUACCCUGUCGACUCCCACGGAGUCAUCUGGCUGACUAUCACCCGUGACCGCCCCAUCGAGCGCUGCCCCGAGUGCGGCAGCGUCUACAAGAUGGAGUACGUCGGCGCCCAGGACGACCACCACGGCCACGGCCACGACCACCACGGCUACGAGGAGCCCAAGAACUUCUCCGACUUUAUCAAGCCCGAGUACUACUAG